AUGAAGAAAGUGGUUUUGAAGCUGUGCUUAUGUAACAAAAGAGAAAAACAAAAGGCUAUGAAAUCAGUCUCUGCCGUUCCAGGAAUCGAUUCCAUCUCCAUGGAUAUGAAGGAGAAGGAAAUGACAGUGAUCGGAGACGUAGAUCCUGUAAAGGUCGUGGUUAAAUUGCGCAAAUUUUGGCACGUGGAAUUAGACUCUGUUGGGCCAGUGAAAGAGCCUGAGAAGACGAAGAAGGAAGAACCAACCAAGAAUAAAAAAACAGAGAAGGAAGAAAAGGCAAAUCAGGGUGGUCAUAAUCCUCCCAUCUACUAUUUCGAGACUGUUUCAGAAGAGAACCCCAGCGCUUGUUGUGUUAUCUCUUAA